AUGGAUGUCCAGGCCGACUUCCAUGAUGCCUUUGUGCCUGGUCAUGCGACGUUUGAGGACUUCAACACGGCCUUGUCUUCGGCCUUGAUUACUGGUACCAAGGCCAGCCAUCAGCUGCCUAAGAACCAUGAUCAUGACUUUCACAUGAUGGAAGCCGGCUUUAAGGAACGGGCCAUCAAGCUCCAAGACCGCCUCGCUCGCCUGUUGCACGCCUCCUUGGACGCCAUUGGACCAGAAGGUGGAGUGGCUGCCGGCCUGCCUUCAGAUUUGGACGAUAUUCACGAUGCCCUAUCCACAUCACUUGAUGCAGUCUAUGAGCGCGUGGAUAUCGCUUGUGAUGAGGUCCUCGGCGCUCGGGAGAAAGAGCGACAGGCUCUCAAGUCAAGCACCUCCAGCACCACUCUGCAACGUCGCUCCGGUGCUUGGAAUCAAAGCUCGGCGCGCAAUGCAGUCACCGUCAUGCAUGCACAAAACGUGCAGCGCCCACAGCUUCGGUUCCAAGUGCCCGUGGAUAACUCCGCAACGCCCUUUGUACCCCGACUGGUGGAAAAGCCCCAUGCUUCGGCUCCACUGGACCUGACCCUUGUGCCUGUGGGAAGCACUUCCACGGGUGGCGAAGCGGACUCAUUGAUGGUCGACCACUUGGAGAAACUGGGCCUGCGGGAUCAAGCAAACACUGGCUUUGACACAUAUUGCCCACAUCCCUACUUGACAGAGCUCAACGAAUUUGAGGUGCCACAACACCAGCUUCAACCGCACGAAGAGCGACUCUAUGGUGACCUCGAGCAAACGACUUGCACCUGGGUUGGCACACGAGAGGCGCUCGUUGGCUUGAUUGAGCGACUCAAAAGCGUUUCUGAACUUGCCAUUGAUCUUGAGGCGCACAGUUAUCGCACCUAUCAAGGCUUUACGUGCCUGAUGCAGCUGUCGACGCGCAGCGAAGAUUACCUGAUUGACACGCUUGCCUUGCGUGAUGACCUCAAGUUGCUCAACGUCAUCUUUGCUGAUCCUGCCAUUCUCAAGGUGUUGCAUGGAGCAGAUAGCGACAUCUUGUGGCUACAGCGAGACCACAGCCUCUAUAUCGUGAACAUGUUUGAUACGGGACAAGCCACCCGUGUUUUGAACUUUCCUCGCCAUUCGCUGGCCUGGCUCCUGCAACAUUACUGCAAUUUCAAGGCCGACAAAAAGUACCAGCUGGCCGACUGGCGAGUCCGCCCUCUUUCUGAGGAGAUGCUUCACUACGCACGCUGCGACACCCAUUUUCUGUUGUACAUCUACGAUCGAUUGCACUCGGAGCUCUUGGCGCAAGGCAACGAGCAAGCCAAUCUGCUUCGUGCCGUUUAUCAACGCAGCAAAGAACUCUGCUUGCAGCGGUAUGAAAAGCCUUUCUACUCGCAGGCCACGGCCGAAGAUGCACUGAACCGCAUGAGCCGCAGCCUCGUGCCCUCGGCCGUCGAGCUCUUUAUGGCCUUGCAUGCCUGGCGCGACCAGGUCGCACGCGACGAGGAUGAGAGCCCCCGCUAUGUGUUACCGGAUCACAUGUUACUGGAGCUUGCCUCUCGAGCGCCGACAGAAACAGGCCAAAUUCUAGCCUGUUGCCAGCCCAUCCCACCGCUUGUGCGCGUCAAUGUUCAACUCAUUCAGGACAUUAUUCUCACCAAGGGUGAGGCCAUUCACGCCAUGAUGGCGAGCAGCAACCGAUUUUAUGCUGCAGAUGCCACCGAUUUCCACGGUGGCCACGAGGAAACCGUCCGUCGUGUGCAUCGAUUUGACAAGCAAUUCCUCGGUGCCCAGGACCACGGUCACCUUUUCCGCAAGCCUUCACUCACGUUUGCUGUGCCCGCAAGUGCACCGGUUGCCAAGUCUCAGUACAAGGGCCGCAAGUUGGCGGCUGAAGUUCUUGCUUCUCUCGGCUCCGAGCGCAUUUUUACGGAGGUGCCAGAAGAGCAUCGCGGGGCGCUGGAUCAUGCAAAAGACUAUGAAGCUCGUUUGGAAGCUUUGCGUCAGAAGGCGACCGAUGCUGCAGCCGGGGCAGACGAAAGCACCGCGGGUUCAAACGCCGUUCCUGACGAGUCAAGCGCCGGGACGAAUCGAGCGUCGGCCAUUGCCAUCAACGAUAGUGAUGACGACCUGGAUAUUGUGGCACUUGCUGAUCGGCUCAACGCUUCUCCUCCAGAGCAAGGUGAUGAGCAGCCUUCCAAGAAGGGCAAGCACCCGAAGCAGGACAAGUCUCUGAAGAAGACGGUUCAGGCAGCCGAUGUGAAACGUUACGCUUACACAACUUCGGGCGAAGAAUUUGCUCAAGGAUCCUCUGCCGCACGAGCACAAGUGAAUCCCAUGGCAUUAGGCGAAUCCAAACCCAAGGUUAGUUUGGGGAUGUCGCGAUCACCGCCACCAACUUUGGUUGAAUCGCUCAAAACCCAAUGGUGCUUUGCUCAGAAAUCCAAAAGGGACAAUGGUAGCAAGACACGCAAGUCUGUGCACAAGAGCUUUUCUUUCAAGACAGGUCGUUAA